CUGAAAACGACUUCGAAACAGGGAGCACGAAGUUAGCGACCGUGAAAAAGAAAGCAACUACAAGUUGAAAAACUCUCUUACUAGUAUCCCACGACACGACCUGGAAAAUAUAGUAAUUAGAGAAAACCAAAACGAAAAUUUUCCACCUGAAUCAAUUGUAGUCUGGCAGAAAAAUGCACUUUCUCGUGCCUGUGGUCUGUCAACGAAUUUUAGUUGGCAUGCUGCUCUACUUCUAGAAAUCUUGUGUCUAGUCCGCUUGAUCGUGUAUCUUCAAAGAGUCCACUUGAGUGUGUGGAACGAGUAGAUAAAAAUGACCAACAACUCACCCACGCCUCUGCUGGGCACAGAAGAUGACUUCAGCAGCAAAGGUCUACAUCCUCUUCCAGCAGAAGGCACGGAGGUGGACAACACAAAUCUUACUUCGUGUAGUAGCACACAUGCAAAAAUAUCGAGCAUCAGCACUUCUACUUCUUCUACAGCACGAAAAAUAUCGACUUCUUCUAAUAUGUCGACUACACUAAGCACUACGUCUUUUCAAGGAUUCGAUCUCACGUCCAUUCGUGCGGACCUGACGUUGCGACAUGACUGCAUUGCAGCCUUGGAGAAGUGGGGAUUUGUGCUGAUGGAACUAGACCACGACGAUGAUCACGAUUCUGGUGGUCCUCUGGAAAAGAUGGGUACUAAUAGUGGUAGUCGACUCGCAAUCGAGCUAAAUGCUUUGGCUGAUUUUUUUGAAGACUCCGGUUCGCAUCGACUCUUUCCAGAACGCAACUACAAAUGGAGCCGGUUGUUAAAAUGUGGGUUUUGUGUCCGACACGGUGGAAGCUUCUUAGACGUGAAGAACACGCCGUUGGGAAUUCGACCGAAGAUUUCGAAAGUGGUUGAAGAGGAGGAAAUAAAGGAGAACGACAAGGACACCUCUAGAGGAGAUCGAAAGCAACUCCCAGAAGAGCACUCGUCUUUGGGCUCCGACUCAUAUCCUUUAUUGCGAGACCUGAGUCUUGAAUUUUUGGAGUACAUUCGCGAAUAUUGUGAGAUACAGCCAGUAAGCGCGUUUUCCCACGUUCUUACGGACGAAACUUUAUGCUGGCAUGGUUGGAAGAAGAAGAUGUGGUAGCUAUUUGAUAGAGGGAGAUCCGAUAAAAAAAGGCAACUGCAUCUUCAUCUUCUCCCUCCAUACACGUCUGCUGCUGAAAAGGAAAACUACGCUGCUUCUGCAUCCGUUCUUCGUUGCUCGAUGUAUAACGCGCUUGAAAACGCCAAACGGGAUCCAGGUCGUGGUCUAUCUGCUGCAAGUUCGGAUUCUUUCCCGGAGCACACAGACGCGACUUUUUUGACCUGCAGUCUUGCAACUAGCGGUCUAGAAUUUCAACUUGUUGCUGAACCUGUAUCUGAAGGUGAAGAACACAAGAAAUGUGCUGGGAGUUGCUGGAAAAGAAUAGAGGACAUAAUCGUUCCUUGCCAGAGUAAGGCUUCUGGAGAAUCUGUGGCCGAACCCCGGAAAAGGAAGCUUUUCCUCACCCUGUGGGUAGGAGAUUUCCUUGAAGUGCUGACAGGAGGCCGUUUUAAGGCAUUGCCACACCGGAUAAGGUUUCAUGAACAAAGGGAUAGGCCUGCUUCUCCUGGAGGUAGACAACGUAGAUCAGGUUGUCCAUUUACGUCAGGAAGUGCAAGUCGUCGCCACAACAUCACUUUUCUCUUAAGGCCUGAUGAUGAAAAAAUCUUAGAUACGACCGGUAACCACCUUGUAAAAGAUGAAGCCAUAAAAAUGCCAGUCAAAUGCUUGCGGAAAUUUCUAGAUAGGCGAGGCCGCAAUAGAGUAUUCGGCAAUGGAACAAGUGGACGUGAUGAAGUCCUCGGAUGAUAUUAAAAGAGAGGAUCAAUCUGAGCAAUGAGAAAAUAACCGCGAACCUGAUGCGAUCAACGCUCAUUGAUUGUCGUGUUCACGACUUUGAGUUCUACGUAGUUGAACAAAUGUCUAGUGUUCGAGGAUUCUUGUUACCAAGGAAAGAAAGUAGGUAUCACUUUCACAAUUAUCAG